AAAAUCAUCAAGUCACAAAACCUCCAUAAUAAAAGCACAUAAACCCAAUUCAGUUUUUCUCGAAAUAUUCGUGGGUUUCACUUCAAUUUUAAGAACAGUUACCCAACUCUUGUUAUUUAUAUUUAUUCUUGUUAACUUUUCGGGUCUUGGUGAAGAAUGCGAAACUGCUCUUGCAGGCUAAAUUGUUUCUGUUAGUAUGAAUUUCGAAGACAUUAAAAGAAAGGGAAACCUUAAUAAAAGGAAAUCGACAGAGUAUUCAAAGCUUAUAGCAACGAUCACAGUUGGUAUCUUUUUUGGUUUCUUCAUUGGGGCAUCCUUUCCAGCUUUUUCAUCAUCAAAGAUCAAGUUAAUUCCUCCAAUUGAUAUGUACCUUUGGAACAAAAAUUCGGGCCACUCUGCACAAACAAUCUUAAAUGUACUUUCUGUCACGAGGGAGAACGUAUCAAAGGAUGCACGGAACGUUGAUGAUCCAUCAAAGAUUUGGGUGUCAUCUAAUCCACGAGGCGCGGAAAGCUUACCUCCAGCUAUUGUUGCUUCUGAAUCAGACUUAUAUCCUCGCAGAUUGUUCGGUAAACCUAGUGAGGACUUACCGUCCAAACCAAAGUAUCUUGUAGCUUUCACUGUUGGUCAAGGCCAGAAGGCUCACAUUGAUAAUGCAGUCAAAAAAUUCUCUGAGAAUUUCACAAUCCUUCUCUUUCAUUAUGAUGGUAAAACAACAGAAUGGGAUGAAUUUGAAUGGUCAAAGCAUGCCAUUCAUAUAAGUGUGGUUAAACAAACAAAAUGGUGGUAUGCCAAAAGAUUCCUUCAUCCUGACAUUGUUGCACCGUAUGACUACAUAUUUAUCUGGGACGAAGAUCUUGGAGUUGAUCAUUUUAACGCUGAAGAAUACAUUAAGCUUGUAAGGAAGCAUGGAUUAGAAAUAUCACAGCCUGGCUUGGAUCCCAGUAGUCGGGGUUUAACUUGGCAAAUGACCAAGAGGCGUGGAGAUCGUGAAGUUCACAAAGAAACGACAGAGAAGCCAGGUUGGUGCAGCGACCCGCAUUUGCCUCCAUGUGCAGCAUUUGUAGAGAUCAUGGCUCCAGUUUUCUCCCGAGAAGCUUGGCGCUGCGUGUGGCAUUUAAUUCAGAAUGAUUUGGUCCACGGAUGGGGUCUUGAUUUUGCUCUCCAGAAAUGUGUUGAGCCUGCACACGAAAAGAUUGGAGUAGUUGAUGCACAAUGGAUAGUUCAUGAACGCGUACCUUCACUUGGGAAUCAGGGUACAGGAGAAAAUGGGAGACCCGCAUGGCAAGGGGUUAGAGACAGAUGUCAAAGUGAGUGGAAGUUAUUUGGAGCACGAGUAGAAAAGGCGGAGAAAGAUUAUUACAAGUCCAUUGGGGUUGACCCUUUGAAUAUUACGGCUCAUUAGCCAGAAACUUAACAAAGAAACUUAACAAAAUGCCAUUAUACAUCAUCAUUGUUAACUGCUUUAGCUAGUUGUUCAUAGUUCCAUAGCAUAUUACUCGUGGUAUUGAAGAGGCGUAUUUUAUGAUAUAUGUAUAUGUUUGACAGAAAAUGAGCUAGUGAAGUAUCUACCUGCAUUGGCAAAUGGUAAAUGGCGAGUUCAUAAAAUAUAUGUCAAAGUCAAAGAUAUAUCACAACAUUACUUUUUGAAAA